GUCCGUGGAGAACAAAGAAGGGGGUUGGCGUAACUGGAGCUGUAGAGAAAGGGAGUGUCUCCGGCUUCAUUCCCCGUCCUUUUUCCGGGGUUGGGCAGGCUCGUCGACUCUUGCAGUCGACGCGCACGGCUCAUCCCUGGAAGAGGGGCGCGGACUGGCAUCGUCUACAACCUUCACGGUUAGCGGUAGAAUGGGAGAGAAAAGGAGAGAGAGGACGGGAGUGUCGCGGAACGGACAGAACGGGAGCGACUGAAAAGGGAGCGGGCUGAAAGGUGGUGCUCGAGGGUCAGGGUUUGGAUGGAAUCAUUUGCGGCGCAGUAGUAACCGGUCGAUGUCAACGGCAUUCGCGCGUUGACGUCUGCCUCCGUUGUUUGGUAUGUGCAGCUGUCAAUGACCGGCGGGAGGCGGAGGGAGGUAGAGACGGGAAAGACGGGUGCCGCGGCGGCGAAUGCUCGACCAUGUCUUGCUCGCUUCUGCUCAUCGGUCGUCAUCGCGUCCGCUAAUGAUCCUCUUUACUAUGCCGUAGCAUUCUCUUCGCCUAUUCGCUCUUCGUCUUUUCAGCCAUCUUCGUCCCUCUGUUCGCGAGUAUGUUAGCAGAGUUAAGUUAUUAAUAAUCGGAUAGACGAGACGAGCAUUUCUUUUCUCAGUCCACCUAUCUCUAUCUUCCUCGCGCUUGUGCGAGGGUCGGAUUCGCCUGUUUGUGAUCUUGCAUCUUGGAGAAGUAGUGUGUCAUAGCGUGCGAGCAAAAUGGCGCUUUACAAUAAGUCUUCCGUACUUGGGGACUAUGACGACAAGAGUCGGGGAGGGUUAUUGGGAUACCCUCCAGCGCAUAAGGAGAAGCAGCGCUCGUUGAGGCUGCUGGGCGGUCGCUUGUUGCGGUCGUUUCUUCCGAGAUGGCUGGUGAUGUCGAUUGUCGACCGGUCGUUCCGCUCCAAUUCGAUGGGGAAGACCGGUACGAAGCCUCCUCCUUCAAAGAGGAGUCCGCUUCAGGCGUUCACGUUCGGUAUCUGCAUCCUUUUCCUCGUGAUGCUUCUCCUUAGUUACUCUGAUGCCCCGGCUGUGGCCGGUGUGUUGGAGGUUAUGACGUACCCAUUCACGCGCGUGGCGGAAGUAUUCGCUGUCUUGACCGAGGCUUUCACCUCCUUCCGGGGCCGGUAUAUCGCUCCUGGCUUGCAGGCCGUUAUCAAUGUGCUAAUUAUCGUGUUCGCGGUGCAAUCGAUGGACACGUUGCUGAUGAGUCUGAUCUCCUUCUACUUCUCCUUCACGGGAUGGAGAGCGAAGAAGGUGACUCCUCUUCCUCCCUAUCGGCCUUCAAAAGACUCUUCGGGCAAUCUGACGAGCAAGACGGACGCGUAUCCGAGGGUCUUGAUUCAAAUUCCCAUGUUCAACGAGAGGGAGUGCUACCAAAUCUCCAUCGGCGCGUGCUCGCAGUUGGACUGGCCUCGGGACAAGCUGAUCAUCCAAGUGCUUGACGACUCCAAUAACGAGGAGAUCAAGGAGAUGGUGAAGGAGGAGGUGGGCAAGUGGCAGAGCCGAGGUGUCAACAUCGAUUACCGUCAUCGUGUAGACCGAACGGGGUACAAGGGAGGCUCCCUGAAGCAAGGCAUGCUCGCUCCUUACGUCAAGGACUGCGAGUUCGUGGCCGUAUUCGAUGCCGACUUCCAGCCUCGGCCCGACUGGUUGUUGCAAACCGUGCCGUACUUCAAGGACGACCCCAAGCUCGCUCUCGUGCAGACUCGAUGGGAGUACUCCAACCAUUUCACCAACCUUCUUACCCGGUUCCAGUUCAUCAACAUGUCGUAUCACUUUGAAGUGGAACAGCAGGUGAUGGGCGCGACGAUGGGUUUCUUUGGCUUCAACGGCACGGGCGGUAUCUGGAGAAUCACGGCGGUGAACGACGCCGGAGGCUGGGAUGUGAGGACCACGGUCGAAGACAUGGACAUCGCUGUCCGGGCGCACAUUUGCGGCUAUCACUUCAAUUUCUGUAACCACAUCCGAGUGCCGUGCGAGUUGCCGCAGACUCUGGAAGCGUACACGCGCCAGCAACACAGGUGGCACGCUGGACCCAUGAACCUGUUCCGUAUUCUUGCAGGCAAGAUUGUGCGCACGCCGAGCCUCACCUUCUUCCAGAAGUUCCACCUCAUUGUUGUUUUCUUCUUCGUUCGCCGGCUCCUCGUUCCCACCGUCAAUUUCCUCUUGUUUGUCGUCCUGCUCCCUCUCUCUCUCUUUGUCCCCGAGGCCACCAUUCCUAUCUGGGUGACGUACACGUUCCCCAUGUUCUUGUCGAUCUUUAGAAUGUGCUUGUGCCCGAGUCUGUUCCCGUACAUGUUCCCGUACUUGUUUUUCGAGAACACCAUGGUGUUGAUCAAGCUGAGCGCCAACAUUCAGGGUCUGCUGAACUUCGGUAGAGUGAACGAGUGGAUCGUGACUGCCAAAGUUGGAGCCUUGGCGAAGGUCAAGGACGAGACCGCGAACAAGCCGAAGAAGAAGGGCAUCAAGGUCUUCAAGAGAGAGCUGUUCAUGUCGUUCUUCCUCCUCCUGGCCGCCAUUCAAUCGCUUGCUAUCGAGAAGGGCAUCCACUUCUACAUCUUCCUCUUCCAAGGGCUCAGCUUCUUCGCUUUCGGCAUGGACUUGCUGAGCGACUACAGUUAGGUAGGUGGGAGGAUUAUGUAGUUGUUAGCCGAGGGUGGGUACUUAGUCUCGUUGGAGAUAGAUGGAGAUAGAUGAGCGAUAGAAGUGGAUUUGUUGUCCUGUCGACGUAGGCCCCGCUGUUGCCUUGUGACGCUGGCUGCUUUCUUGCUCGAUUGUGUGUGCAUUCUCCUAGCCACGGAUUUUCCAGGCGCGGUUGUAGUCUAUCGAAGGUAAUGAGAUGCGGAAGAGGGUAGGGGACAAGAGGAAUAAGCACAGGAAGUAUGCGGAAGAGGGUAGAGGACAAGAGGAAUAAGCGCAGGAAGUUCAUUAAGGACAAGAAGAAGAAGAAGAAGAAGAUGAAGAAGAAUAGUAACCGCGAGUGGUAGGAUGUUAGGAGUAGGGAGGAGAGAGAGUAGGGAGCAGAGUAAUCGCGUUGUCGGCAAAUGAAACCGGUGAGGCCUUGUUCGAAAGCCCAAUGUGUGUUUUGCUUAAGAGUGGCUUCUGUACCCUGCGUGUGUUGUUUAGAGAAGCGUCUUUAUGUUGAUUUGUGGCUCUUCCUGCUUGAACUGAUGUGGCCUCUUCUCUAGGGAGAUGCACGAGAAUAGGGAGAGCUGCUGUUCCGUAAGUGGGGUGGCGUCGUCUCUAUUUCUCUACGUUAAUCCAUCGAAGGUAUAAUCGUUUCCGAUCUUACGUCCAGUGCGUUGGCGUAAAGUCGGGAGCAAGAAAUAAGGAAAGUGAAGAGGAAGGGGAGAGAAAGGGGGAGGGGAAAAUAAGGAAAACAAUG